UCAAUACUAUCAAUGUUACCAAUUUUAUUUAUCCCAUUGUUUAUUGUUGUUGUCGGCGGUAAUCACGCGGUUGUCGGCAAUUAUAGUCAACUCAAUACACCGUUAUGUGGAUUACGACGGGUCAGGCAUUCAAUAGACAGUGAUUGUCUGGUUUGGCAUCACAUGGAGACACCCAGUCUAACACAUGCUAGAAAUGGUACACUGGGUGAUGCACCAUGGACAGUUUUAAUUACUGUUAUUACACUUAAUGAGUUUAAAUGGCUUUCAUGUACUGGAACAAUUAUAUCAUCAAAAUGGAUAUUGUCUGCCGCCCAUUGUUUUAAAGAUGAACUCAAAGUCAAUGUUUUUCGGGUUUAUUUCGGUUAUAACUAUACCUACAAUCAAGUGACACAAUUAAACAAUUAUCGUUUAGUCAAACAUUAUUAUAUACAUCCAAACUAUAAUAACGUAGAUCCUUCUGUUUAUGAUAUCUGUCUACUUGAGCUGCAAACAGAGAUACCGGUGCAAACUGAUGGCGAUUAUUAUGUAACAAACUCGAUAUGUUUGCCGGCCAGGAAUGUUAGGCCAACCGAUUCCGAAUAUCUAUUGAUGGCUGGCUAUGGUAUACCCUAUACUACUGUCAAUAAUAUACCCAUACAGUUUAGUGUACGUCAAACUAUUGUACCCAACAAUGACAACAACACUUUUAUGAAACAUAAAUCAAUUAAUGAUGGAUUAGUUUGUAUUGGUGAUUCCGGGGCCGGUUUGUGGCAAUAUGUGGAUGAAAAGGCUGUCCUAAUCGGUGUACACUCUAAUAGUCCAAAUAAAAAAGCAAACAAUUGUUCCGUUCAUCCAAACAUUGGUAACGCCGUCCAAGUGUCCAAACAUAUCGAUUGGAUAAUCAAUUACAUACAUUGA